AUGUCGACCACUACCAGACGAUAUCGCUCCUCGACCUCCGCCUCCACACCGGCAGCCGCCAACCAGAAGUCAAUCCAAGUUCUGCAAGCUCUUCUCCAAGGCCUGUCCAGCCAGACCAAUGUCUCUACAGACAGUGCAUACCCCGAGAUACUGCAGCUCACCAACGGCCUCAGAGCUGUCGCACAACAAAUAUCUGGGCCCAAUAUACCUUCGCAGCAGGAUGCCUUCCGGCAUGCCGGCGGCUUCGAGGCCGUUUUCAAUGUCCUGCGAAGCUUCUCCGGAUUUUACGAUCCCGACAAACGAUCCAACAAGGAAAUGACGUCGCUCUUCCAAUUGCUGGCUGCCACGCUCGAUGUCUUUGCCGCCGCCAUGAAUAGCCACUCUGGCAAUAAGCGCUUCUUCAAGUUCCGUGUCGAAGGCGGCGGAUGGGAGGCUCUCGAGCAGGCCAUUGCCAGCAUUGGUCUCGGCGGCGUUGAGCCCAAUCCCUGGGUUAGCUGCCACGUCUUUGGCAAGCUUUUUGCCUUUUCUCUCGGAGACGAUGCCAUCGAUCUCCUUUUCCAGUCCAUUGCUGAAACACUGCGCCAUGAUAACGAACGAUCCGCGGACAACACCGACGAGACGGAACAGGAUGACCAGUGGGAUCUUGUCCUCGCCAAAUCUAUGGAGUCGAUUGGACCCAAGGUUCGCGAAUUGGUGCAAAACACGACUCGAGUUCAAUACCCAGAAAUGCUUCGUGCUAUUGUCAGCUUUUGGUCGUCUCUUCCCCGUGAUAACGAUGCCGCCGCCACGCCAGCCUCUCUCUUGGUCCUUGAAACCAUUCUCCGUGCUGCCGAGGUGCUGACGUACAACUGUGCCGCUAUUCACUCCACUGGCGUCAUGUCCCAGUUUCUGCGUGUCGCCUUCUCUCCAAACACGCCCUUGUCCGCUGCCGAACGUAAAAAGAUAAUGGCCAUUUGCCGUCGGCUCAUGUUCUUUGGUGUCGAUAAGCCUGCUGACACACAAUUCCUCCUCUCUGUGCCCGGCUCGGAAGCCUCCGAAUUCUGUCUUGAAAUGAUGGGCAGAUACCACGGCCCUGCAUUUUUCAACUUUGAUCUCUCACUGUACGGCCAUUCGUCUCUCGAGCUUCCAAGUCUUGGUCGUUCGUUCCCACCACAAUCUUCUGCUGGAUACACCUUCACAGCCUGGAUAUACAUCGACCAUUUUGAUCCGUCCACCCACACGACUCUAUUUGGCGCCUUUGACGUUUCUCAGACGUGCUUCGUCCUCAUGUAUCUCGAGAGGGACACGCACAAUUUCAUCUUGCAGACGUCAGUAUUCUCCAAUAAGCCUAGUAUCCGCUUCAAAUCCACCGAAUUUCGAGAGAAGCAAUGGUAUCACAUAGGCAUUGUCCAUAAGAGACCAAGGACCAUGACAGCGAGCCGCGCCGCCUUGUACGUCAAUGGCGAAUUCUGCGAGCAGAUGCGAUGCAACUAUCCUCUGACUCCGCCGCUAUCCAAUAAUAGCAACGAAAGUUUUGCAUCCUUCAACUCUGGUCAGAACAAAACCAAUCCUGUCCAAGCUUUUAUAGGUACGCCAAGGGAGCUAUCUGGUCAACUCGGGACGGGCCUCGUAUCUUCGCGAUGGUCAUUGGCGUCUGCACAUCUAUUCGAAGACAUAAUUGGCGACGAUUUCCUGGCUGUUCAUUAUGGUCUCGGUCCUCACUAUCACGGGAAUUUUCAAGACACACUGGGCGGGUUUCAAACCUACGAGGCAUCCGCUCAGCUGGGUCUUCGAAAUGAGAUUGCGCAUCCUGGCAAGGACGAAAGUUCCGACAUCCUGAGAGCGGUUCGAGACAAGGCGAGUGUGAUACUGCCAGAAUCAAAGGUUUUGCUCAGCAUUCUUCCCUCUGCAACGCUUCCAGAAAAUGUUCAGUUCCUUGAUACGGGUCUCUUGCGCUCCCUCCCGCGUUCCGCUUCACGUGCGCUGUUCAUUGCUUCAAACAAAGAUGGGGCGCCUCUAGCCAUCAACUCCGCUGUCCCCAACAUUGCUGAUGCCCUCUUCAAGCCUCAAGGUAUCGCAUCAUUCCGAGGCAGUCCGACCAUCGCACUACCGUCGUACCUGGACGAAAACCUUUGGCGUCUUGCUGGGUUCACCUCGCUGGCGUUGAAGCUACUAGAAAGGGCCAUGUCAGUUGAAGAAACCAUUCGCACCCUUGAGAUCAUGUUCCACUGUAUUCGAACGAGCUGGAGGAACAGUGAAGCUAUGGAACGUGACAACGGCUACAGUAUUCUGGCCAUGCUCCUUCGGUACAAGAUGGGAUUUGUGAACGGACUGGCUACUGAGUUCUUCGCCAUCAAGCUGCACCUUUCCACCGAGGAACGCGACAGUCUAGCUUUCAGAGUCUUGAGCCUGGUACUCGGGUUCGUCGGCUAUAAUCACGAGAACCCCCUGGAUUCACUGAUUGUCAACCCACUUGCCUAUCGCAUCUUGCUGAUUGACCUGGACCUCUGGCGGAAAUCGGCCCCUCGCAUCCAAGAACUAUACUACAAACAAUUUGUCACCUUUGCUGUCAAUAGCAAGCAUCAUGAAUUUAAUAGCAGGAGACUGAUUCGGAUGCGCAUUGUCAAACGGCUUCUUGAUGCAAUGAAAGGUGAAGCUAUACCGGAAGAGGUCUUGCCGCACUUCAUGCAAACGUUUGAAGUGUUGGUGAAAUCAAACCUCAGCCCCGAAGCUAUGCGAUCACUAUCGCUCUUCAUCACAUACGCCUUCCACGUUCCAAGUUCGUCAAUGUCUAGGUCCUCGCGACCGCUUUCUUCGCUUUCCCAGCCAGCAACACCAAACUUGAUGAGGAGGCAAACUGGUGAUGGUAGCGGUGCAAGCAGUCCGCUGCCAGGGGUGAAAUAUCUCACCAAGAAACAACUCGGUGCACGGGUGCUCAGUAUUUAUUCACAUAUACUGUGCGAAAAAGGAAAUUUCAACUACAUUCGCAAGUUUGCCAAGACAGUCACAAACAAAUGGCUCCUCUAUUUGCUCGCUGAAAACGACAAAGACAUUCUUCUGCAAGGUGCGACCAUCCUGUCGAGGCUGUUGGUUGCUCAUGGCUCGGCCUAUACUUCAAAAUUCGCCAGCAAGUCUGCAGGCUUUGCAAUCAUGGCAAAUCGAUUAAAGCGAUUCUGGUACAGCGCUGCGCUCUGGCCGGUGGUUCUAACUCUGCUGUUUGGUGUCGAUGUGGCCGACCUUGACACAGACAAGUGGCUCGAUACAGGUUAUCUACUUGGCGUAUUUGGUGAUUGCAAAGUGAUGUAUCCCGAGGCCUCUAUCAUCAUCACGUCUAUGCUUCAGCAUGGACUGAAUGACAUUCUCAAGCAAGACGAUAUAUCAGAAGCGACCCCCGAUUCGGAGCUUCGACCAGCAUCUUCGACCGAGCCCGCAAAAACGUCCACAGACGGCAUGGCACGAGUCUUCCAGGCUCAAAUGACUUUGGGACAACAUGCAGAUCCUGUUAUCUUGCAAAAUAUGCUCAAGCUCUUCCAUGAGCUGUAUGAGAAAUCCGCCGAUUUUCGAGACUUUGCCUUUAGUUCGGACUGGGUUCGACUCAUUUUUUCCAUGCUGUAUCCUGUUAUUGUCAGCAGCGAUGCUGUGACGCCAGAUGUCGAACUGCACUCUCGAGACUCGACUUUGAACUUUGACGGCAGCGAUGUCAUUAUUCGACCCAUAGGAUUAGCUUCUGGCCGUCCGGCGCCCAUUGUACGAACCAGCAGCGUUGACUUGAGCACCACGCCGCAGUCAACGCCCCCCAAAGGGACUCUUCUCCAACGUGCUUCUUCAUUUGUUCUGCUCACCACACAAAGUGUACAAGAAGAUAGCAAGCAUCAAGAGACUACGUCUCGUCCACUGAGCAGCAAUAGGCAAUCUGGUGCUCUCGUUGACAGCCUCUUAGAGCUUGCAAUCAAAGUCUUCAUGGACCAAAUUUUCAAACGCAAGGAAUUUUCUGGCUUUUUCCUCUUCACAAAGGUUCCUCCUGGGUUUCAAGAACAUCAAGCUUAUUUCGAAUCCUUUCUUUCGAGGAAGAUCACUGCAAACUCAACAGAACAUACUCUGUCAAACCAAUCCAUGUUGUGCGAGCCAAAGCUAAUCACGAAUCUGGCACGACUCUGCCUGCACUUGACAGAGGCUGUAUUUGAAGGAUGGUUCAUUGAUGGCGCUGAAGUGAUCAUUGAUUUUGCAGGAAUGCUGUUAGAAUACCUUCAGCGACCGGAUAUUGCAAGCUUGAAAACCGUCAGGCUGUGCAGCCAGUCCGUCACACUGAUCCGUACGUGCCUACUACGCGUCAUUCUGUUGAAGCUAUCGGACAUGGACAGGCCCGAAAUGACAGAAGAAGCUGCUAUGAAGUUUAUGAGCAAGCUGGCGUAUUGGCAAAUGUCAAUCUUGGGCUGCUUCGCGGCGGAGGAUGAGUACCUGAAACUCUUUUGGUACCAACUUUAUGCCAAGCUCGUUGACGAAAGGGACUCUUUACGGCGGUCGGCGGCCAACUUCCUUCGCAUAUUGCUGGUGGCGAAGCCGGACGAGUCCACUGCUCUCAUUCGCUCCUUCAUGGUCCCUGGCCACAAGCAAAUUCUCCACGACUUUUUCAAGAUUACGGAGCUGGACGACGACGUGUUCAUCGCAUGGGUGGACCAAAACCGACCGUCCCUUGAUCUGCUAUUCUUUGGAGGAAUGGCCAAGACCUGGGAGAACUUUGUCAGCCUUGAGAAUUUGCGUACGCAGGAAACGGCCAAGACCCGCCUUUCCAAACGAAAGGAUAAACUCAAGCAAUGGUACUUGGAAGGCGUGGCAAAAGACAAACUUCUAGCCAGUCAUGAGACUGGAAACAGCGCUUGGAUGAAGAGCAUUUACAAUUCCGAGCACUUCAAGUACCAGAGAUUACUCCAAGAUCAACAGGAUGACUUAUCAUUCCUCAUUUCUGCAUACAAAAAGAUGGAGAUGGAUCUGAGACGACCCGGCGCUGUGUUUAGCGAUCCUCGGCCUCUGAAGUGGAAGCUUGACCGGACCGAAGGGCGAAAUCGUAUGCGUCUUCGAUUGCUGCCGGACUUCUCUACAGAGAUGGAAAAGUACCGUUCUAAAGAGAAGGGAGUUGCAGCGGCAGCCUUGCGAGUCAAUACGGCGACGGGUAGUUCGCCAAGCGCAGCGCCUACUACGCCAACGUUGGUCACAACACCGGGGACAGCUACCCCCGGAAACACCGCUGAAGCUGAUACUGAGCUGUCUUUUGAACAAGAGGACAGCGGAUUCACACCAGAAGACGACUUUGAACUGAUUGAGGACCCAAAUGACGCAAACGACUUGGAUGAGAACUUUGAAGACAAGAAUCGUAAAGUUAUGCGUCGCUUGGAACAUGGCGACCAAGUCCAAGCGGCUUACAAUGUUUCUCGUGUAACGGGGCUCGAAGCCUGCGAGGGAAUAUUAAUUAUCGGUAAAGAUGCGCUGUAUAUGAUGGACAAUGUGUUUCAGACGGCCACUGGAGACAUUGUUAACGUUUGGCAAGCCCCGAUGGAAGAACGUGACCCCUUUACGCGAAUUGUCACUGGAACUAAGACUCUAGAAAAGCGACAAACAGCCGGUAACAGAGAUCAGGAGUCUAGACACUGGAAGUGGCAAGAUACCAUCAGCAUCUCAAAGCGUCGCUUCCUGUUCCGUGACGUCGCCAUCGAGGUCUUCUUCACAGAUGGCCGCAGCUACCUCCUCACUGCGAUCAACUCAGUCGUUCGGGAUGAGAUGUUCGUCAAGAUGCUCUCCAAGGCGCCGCACACCAGCGCCGCCCAUGCUCUCCCCAACCCAGAAGACGCGUGGAGGUUCGAGGCUUUGAAAAACUUUGACGAGUCGCAGCAAGGUAUUGGCUCUAAACUGGGAACAUUGUUCAACACGUCGCCAUGGAAUCCAUUGAUGAAGCGCUGGCAGAAGGGUGAAAUGUCCAAUUUUCACUAUCUCAUGAUGGUCAACACCAUGGCAGGCAGGACUUUCAACGAUCUGACGCAGUACCCAGUGUUCCCCUGGGUACUGGCCGACUUUACGAGCGAAGAGCUUGACCUCAACAACCCCGCCUCCUUUCGUGAUUUGUCUAAGCCUAUGGGUGCCCAGACACAGGAACGAGUACAGGGCUUCGUUGAAACGUACAAUGCUCUCAAGGAAAUUGAACAAGCGCCGUUUCAUUACGGAACGCAUUAUUCGUCUGCCAUGAUCGUCACGUCUUACCUGAUCCGCUUACCACCGUUUGUGCAGUCCUAUCUCUUACUGCAAGGUGACAGCUUCGAUCACGCCGACCGACUAUUUCAGUCUAUUCCUGAUGCUUGGAAGUCGGCAUCCUGCCGCAACAAAACGGAUGUCCGAGAACUUAUACCGGAGUUCUUUUGCCUGCCUGAAUUUCUGACCAACGUCAACGGAUAUGACUUUGGGCGACGACAGAGUAACGGUGUCAAGGUCGACAACGUCGCUCUGCCCCCGUGGGCCAAGGGUGACGCAAAGAUUUUCAUUGCCAAGCAUCGGGAGGCUCUGGAGAGCCGAUAUGUGAGCGAAAAUCUCCAUCACUGGAUCGAUUUGAUCUUUGGAUAUAAGCAACGAGGUGAAGCGGCCGUGGAAAGUUUGAACGUCUUUCAUCACUUGUCGUAUGCUGGUGCUAGCGAUCUGGACCGUAUCACGGACGCAAAUGAGCGCGCAAUCACUGCGGGUGUCAUUCACAACUUUGGACAGACACCGCAUCAGGUGUAUUCCAAGCCGCACCCGCCGCGUGAAAAUGCAAAAUGCCCGAUCAAGCGGCUUGACUCGUCGGUGCAGGCACUCAUUUGUCUCCCGAACCCGUUGAUAGAAUCACACGAACGAGUAGCCUCCCUGAUAUACUCACCGAAACUGGACCGACUGCUAUGUGCCUCGCCCUUUCGCCUGAAUUUGCCACCGUACGACAAAUUUCUGGAAUGGGGGUAUGCGGACAACACGGUCCGCUUCUUCUUCAGUGACAAUCGCAAACCGGCUGGGUUGUUUGAAAAUCUGCACAUUGGACAAAUUUCGUGCGCCUGCUUUGCCGACUCCAAGACUCUCAUUACGGCAGGCGAAGACUGCGUUGUUUCAGUGUACAACGUCAUAACGAGCCCAGGAAAGCCCGUAGAGCUUGUGCCCAAGUCCAGUCUGUUUGGACACAAGACUCCCAUCACAGCCAUUGCCGUCAGCAAAUCUUUUAGCACUUUUGUCAGCGUGUCGGCGGAUGGGCAGGGUUUGCUAUGGGACUUGAACCAGCUGACGUUCAUCCGCAAGCUCCCGCUCGUACGUCCCGUGGAAUGCGCGCGCAUCAAUGAUGUGUCGGGAGAGAUUCUGCUCUGCUCGGGGCCGAGCGUCAUUCUGUACACGCUCAACGGAUCCGUCAUACUCGACCAGAACGUCUGCCCCGACCCAGAUGACUACGUGCACGCGUGCGCAUUCUAUGAAGGCGCUGGCAACGAGUGGCUAGAGAACCAACUUAUCUUCACAGGUCACAGCCGCGGCGUCGUUAAUGUCUGGCGCAAGAGCCACGCCAUGGGCAAAUGGUCUCUGGAGCAUCUUCGACGACUGGACCACGUCGACUACAAGACGGAUCGGCGCGACAAUGUCAGCGCGGGCAUUACCUGUAUCAGCCCGAUGCCGAACUGCGUAUACACGGGAGACGAAGAUGGCAGAGUUUUUGAAUGGAACUUUGCGGGCAGAGACCGAUAG